AUGGAUGGUUUUAACAAUCGUGACCUUCAUGAAAUGAGCAAUGGCUAUCCCCCUACCAUUCUACCUUCAAACAACAAUCAAAUGUUGGAUGAUUGGGGGCUUGGUGCAAUAGUCAAUCGCUUUUUCCCCACCAUUGAUGCCUCCACCACGGCAUCCAACACCACCACCACCACCAUCACUUCGGUUAUACCUCCAAACAACAAUCAAAUGUUGAAUGAUUGGGGUCAGGAUGUGAUGGUAAACAACUAUCCUUCCACCAUUGAGGGCUCAAUUCCUUCAUUUACCGACGACCCAUCUGACAUCACCACAUUUACUCCCACCACCACCCUGGCAAACAACAACCAAAUGUUGGGUGGUUGGGGCCUAGAUGCGAUAGUCAAUGAUUUUUACCCGACCCCUAAUGACUCCUUGUCUUCAUCUGCCGUUGCCACCACCCUACCCACACCCAUUCCUCCUACCAUCACCAACCCUCCGGUUAUGCAUGAUCAAUCGCUAGACCCUUGGACCCUACAAGGGAUAGCCAAUCAGUUUUACUCCAACAUUGUUCCAUCCUCAUCUUCAACUGUUGUUGGGAACACAACAUUCACCCCAACUCCAACUACACCCGCGGUUAACUUUCCAAAUCGCGAUGGUGCUUACCAUUGGAAGCAAAAUACAAUGUUCUCCUCCUCUAACAUUGAUGGCUCAUCAUCCUCAGUUAUUAACACAAACAACGUCAACCAUUCGAUGCAAACCCCAAAUAACCCUCCAAAAGCCUCUCAUUCUAGCAAGAAUGGGCCCAUACUAUCCCUACCUGAUUAUGGAAAAUUAACUGAUCAGACACCAACCCUCAAACAACAACGACAACCACAACCCCAAAAACAAUCUCGAGUUCAGAAAAGGCAGGAGUCUCUCAAUAUCUCCAAACGUACGGAGAUCCUUUCUCAAAGGCAACAACAUGCUCUUGACAUCUCUACAUGUACUAAAAUCAAUGCUCAAAGUGUAUCAGACUCCAAUGAACGGAAUAAGGAAAAACGGAUUUAUAAAAUGCCUUUGGAGUCAGCGAAGAAUGACUCGUGGUCUUGGAGAAAAUACGGUGAAAAGUCGAUCGCUGGCUCUCCAUAUCCAAGUGAAAGUGAGAGUUAA